CUCUCUAUCCCUCCCCAUCUUUCUCUUUCUAUAGCUCUCUCUCACACACACACACACAUUCUGUGUCCACUGUUCAGCAGCACAGAGAGCCAAUCGGACAGCAGGGACCAGGAACAGCGGGAAGCGACACACACACACACACACACACACACACACACACACACACACACACAGCCUCUUAUGGACAGGGAGAUGAAAGAGAGAGAGAGAGAUGAGAGAUGCGUGUGAGUAGCAAGUGCGGAAUGGGAAUAUUACCAUGCUGAGGGUGGAGAGUUCACACACCGAGGCAGAUUCCUCAUCAAACCCGCAUCAUGCCUUAUAUUAACUACCUGCUGGUCCUCAUCCUCUGCCUGGUUCUGGUCGCCGAAUGCGGGAAGCAGAAGAGCAGGAAACGCAGGUGGUCCGCAAACCUGGAAACUCCGAAACACGGACCCCCGCUGUCCAAAAAGGUGGUGGAUGGAACUAAGACAAGGAAAGUGAAAACUAACCAUUUGCUUCGUGUGGAAGAUCACGAUUUCACCAUGAGGCCAGCGUUUGCAGGUCCAGCGAUUCCUGUGGGCGUGGACGUACAGGUCGAGAGCUUGGACAGCAUCUCUGAAGUCGACAUGGACUUCACCAUGACCUUAUACCUGAGGCAUUACUGGAAAGACGAGCGUCUGUCCUUUCCCAGCACUACCAAUAAAAGCAUGACUUUUGACGGUCGCCUGGUGAAGAAGAUCUGGGUCCCCGAUGUUUUUUUCGUCCACUCUAAACGCUCCUUCAUCCAUGACACCACUACAGAUAACAUCAUGCUCAGGGUGUAUCCCGAUGGACAUGUUUUGUACAGCCUCAGAGUGACAGUAACUGCAGCGUGUAACAUGGACUUCAGUCGUUUUCCUCUCGACACACAAACCUGCACCUUGGAGCUGGAAAGCUAUGCCUACACAGAUGAGGAUCUCAUGCUUUACUGGAAGAGUGGAGACGAAUCCCUCAGCAUAGACGACAAGAUUUCGCUUUCUCAGUUCCUCAUUCAGAAGUUCCACACCACCUCCAGACUAGCCUUUUACAGCAGUACAGGUUGGUACAACCGGCUGUACAUCAACUUCACCCUGAGACGUCACAUUUUCUUCUUCCUGCUGCAGACCUACUUCCCUGCCACCCUGAUGGUCAUGCUGUCCUGGGUGUCCUUCUGGAUCGACCGGCGUGCCGUCCCCGCCCGAGUGUCCUUAGGCAUCACCACGGUGCUCACCAUGUCCACCAUUAUCACAGGCGUUAACGCGUCCAUGCCCCGAGUGUCCUACAUCAAAGCGGUGGACAUCUACCUGUGGGUCAGCUUCGUCUUUGUCUUCCUGUCGGUCCUUGAGUAUGCCGCGGUCAACUACCUGACUACUGUGAAAGAUGGGAAAGAUCGCAAAUUCCGAGAAAAAGCCCGACACCAGUCUUUGCCGUGUACGUGCGGGCUGCCUCGUGGCAAGAGCAUGAUGGUGGACGGGACGUACAGCGAGGCGCACAGCAACAGCCUGGCCGGUUACAGCCGCGCCCCCAACGGGCCCGAGGACCCGAACGACAAGCACGAGCGCAUGGUGGUGCACCUCGCUGUCGACAACGAGUCCACGGGCGCCAAGAAGAAAGGCCUCCGCGGCUUCCGCAUUAUCCAGAACACGCACGCCAUCGACACGUACUCGCGCAUGAUCUUUCCUGGAGCCUACAUCUUUUUUAACCUCAUCUACUGGUCUGUCUACUGGUGAAUCCUUACAGUUUAUGGAUAGAAAAACGUUACCGCGGAGCUUAGAGACAACGGAUUUUUGGUGUAAAUGAACGACAUGAAAACGGUAAGACGCCUAAAGCACAGCGGAUAUUCUUUCGUACUUUAAUCGAGGAGCAGCCUGAAAUCUUUUUCAAACUCUCAGCAUGCUGAUAGGACGUCUGUCUGACUUUCCAAAAGGUCAGAUUUUUCCUCUCAAGUUUCAAAGCGGUUUCCUUUGUGUCACUCAGAACUUUUGACACAACUAUCCAUCAACCUGUAAUUUAAAUAGGGAAAACUACAGUAUAUUUACCUCCAUUCCAAAAAACCAGCAUCAAAGUGAAGAAGGUUUGUAGACCCUUAUGGAGCAGGAGGUUACUGAUUAGAGCUACGAAUUUGGAGUAUAAUUACAUAAGGUCUAAAAUACACCAGGAGACGUGGCAUUAUGGGGAAAUGGCCAACCACUGGGUGUCAUUGAACAUCCUAGAGUGUUUUAUUCCUCUUAUAUUACAAUUCUUGCAAUGAUCCAAUCAACUAGUCAUGUACCAGAGCUGCACUGCAGAGUCCUGAAUAAAAGGAGAUCCUUCUCAGUGACUAUAGCAUGUAGGUUAAGGACAUAUGGGCUGGUUUGAGGAGUUCUGAAACUGUUUUUUUGUCAGGACACGACAAAAAAUGUAGUCUAAAUAUAAGUGAAUGCAGUUCAACUGAUCUAGAUUUUUAUAUUAUGAGAUUACAGUCGAAACGAAUCUAAAAUGAUGAUUUCUGGAUUUCUUUAACUUCAUGGCAUGGAGGUAAAAAAGUGCUACAGAAAUCGUAAAAAUUUUGUUAUUGUGGUGGAAGCCUUUUGCCCAAUUAUAUCCAUAUUGAAUAUAUUUUAAUAUAUUUUUUUAUAGCCAUUAGAAUUGAUUGAUUGAAUGGUUGGAAUAAAAAAAAAAAACAACAUGUUUUAAUGAGCGGAAAUUUCCAGAAUAAAUAUGUGUGCAUUAUGGAACAUGGAAUAUAUCAGUAGAUGGAUUUGUGGUGACGUGGGUUCGGAUUGUCGUUUUGUUAAAUUCGUCCAUUUCAUUACAGGACAAUAAAAAUCUCAGUGUAUCAACAUACAAAUGAUGACGAUUUCAGUUGAUCCCAGUGCCUCGGUUGUUUUCAUUCCGUUGGAAUGUUGGACUUUCAGUUAGAACGUUGCCACAGCCGGGCCCCUGAGCGAGGCCCUCAAGCCUCGACUGCUUGGUUUUUUAUUAAUGUAUGUUUACUGAAUUGGUUCAGUGAUUCUUUCUAUAAGAAACAUCAGUGAUGAUCAUUUCAUCUCAGGAACUCGAAUCUUUUUGAUUCUGUUCAUAAGAAGAAGAAGAUUUCAGGAGAUGGAUGAUGUCCAGAGGUGAAGUUGGUGAUGAUGUUUGGAUUUUUAUUUUGUUUAAUUAUAAACAGUAUUAUUACUGAAAAUCUCCAGGAGCAUAAAGAGUUUAUUUAUUUACUGUCCAAUCAAUUUUCUUUAUCAUGUCAAUACAUCAGAAUACAAAAAUUCAGUUCUUUUAAUACUUUCUUUCUUUCUUUCUUUCUUUCUUUCUUUCUUUCU